AUGUCGCGCCGGAUCGUCCUCUCCCUUCUCCUCGGCUCCAUCAUCGGUUUCGAGAGGCGGCGCGCUGACCGGCCGGCUGGCAUACGCACCAUGGCGAUGGUUUGCCUUGGCUCGUGUGUCUUCACUCUCGGGAGCAUGUACGCCUUCGCCUCCUCCUCCUCGACGAUGGGGUGGGAUGCCUCGCGCGUGUCGGCGGCCAUCCCCUCGGGCGUCGGCUUCCUCGGCGCAGCCUCGAUUUGGAAGGGCACCAAGGGGACGGGCGAGGACAAGGUGCCGGAGGUGCACGGGCUGACGACCGCUACAUCCGUGUGGCUCUCCGCCGCCAUCGGCAUCCUCUGCGGCGGCGCGCUCCCCACACCCCGGAAACUGCUAGGAGGGGAGGCCCGCACUUGGCGGCUGACCCCCUCGCUGCAUUCGCCUUCUCCCCCAGGCGGGCUGUACGUGCCGUGCCUCUUCACAGCGGCCGCCGGAGUCGUCUACUUGCGGUUUGCCCCGCGGCUCCCCGGGUCGGCGGGAUCGCUCACCUUUGCCCUGCUCGGCGACCACGUGGCGGAGCGCGCGCAGGGGGAUACGAGGGCCAGGAGCUACACAGCGCACGCUUCGGCCGACGAUUUGCCGCAGCUCCCGCCGCUCGACCCCGUCGCCGCGGCAGAGGCGGGCGCGUCGCGGAUCGCGCCCAGCGUGCGCUCCUAUUCCCUGCCGUGA